AUGGAAAUACAAUAUGGAGGAAACGGCUGGAAACAAUUUUCAAAUGGCAGAAACCGCCUCAAAGAAAAUCAGACAGAAGGACAUUACAUAAUUAAGUUUGUUUCCCAUAUCUUUACCAUGCUAUUCGAAGAUCAGUUGUUUUUUGACUGUAGGUGGGGUGAAUCAACCUUGCAAUGCUCUGCUGAUCAGCUGAACCAAUCAUUAAGAGACGAUGAUCGACGAUGUACCGGAAAUAAGAUUGACGCAAUUAUAUCAAUG